AGAAAAAGAAAAUUAAAAAAAAAAAAAGAGAGAAUAGAGAGUGAUGUUCAUGAUUCAAUGUCAUGUGCUGAUUCCUUCUUAUUCAUCCCCAUCUCCACAUUGAUCACACUAGACUCCAUUCGAUUGUUCGUUCAUUCAUUUUUUUUUCUAGGGUUUUGAAAUGGAGGAAAGAUAAAGCCGGUGGUAGCUUCAGAUUCAUGGAAUCAUUCACUUUUAUCAGAUUGAAAAAGGGGGAAAAGGGGGAGAAUAUUAAGAGAGAGUCGUCGUUGGGGCCGUGACAUUGCUCUUGCUUCAAGGGUUUUGUAGACAGAGAAAGUGGGCAUUGAAUUUGGGGAAUUUUUAGACGGAAAGAAGGGGAGAGAGAUGUUGGCUGUGGCUGGGGGAGAAGGAGCGCAGAUGGAGAAAGAUUUCGAUUCCAAGCUUAGGAUUCAGAGCAAUUCCUCUAAUGGUGGCACUGCUGGUGGCGGCGGCGGGGGUGGAGGUGGAGGGGGUGGGGGUGCGGGUGCGGGUGCGGUUCAGAGAUCUAAGAGCUUUGCGUUUAGGGCUCCCCAGGAGAAUUUUACUAUUCAGGAUUUCGAAUUGGGGAAGAUCUACGGCGUCGGGUCCUAUUCCAAGGUUGUGAGGGCAAGGAAGAAGGACACUGGAAUUGUGUACGCUUUGAAAAUCAUGGACAAAAAGUUCAUCACAAAAGAAAAUAAAACAGCUUAUGUGAAGUUAGAACGCAUUGUGCUUGAUCAAUUGGAUCACCCUGGCAUUGUGCGAUUAUUUUUUACAUUUCAAGAUACCUUUUCUCUGUAUAUGGCACUUGAAUCAUGUGAAGGUGGAGAACUGUUUGAUCAAAUAACCAGGAAAGGUCGUUUGUCAGAGAAUGAAGCUCGCUUCUAUGCAGCUGAAGUUGUAGAUGCUCUUGAAUAUAUUCAUAGUCUAGGAUUGAUACACCGGGAUAUUAAGCCGGAGAACUUGCUACUUACUGCAGAUGGACAUAUCAAAAUUGCUGAUUUUGGGAGUGUAAAGCCUAUGCAGGAUAGUCUAAUUACCGUCCUUCCCAAUGCAGCAUCAGAUGAUAAGGCUUGUACAUUUGUGGGAACUGCUGCUUAUGUCCCUCCAGAAGUUCUCAAUUCUUCUCCUGCAACGUUUGGAAACGAUCUUUGGGCACUUGGCUGCACUUUGUACCAGAUGCUUUCUGGAACUUCUCCUUUUAAAGAUGCAAGUGAAUGGCUUAUUUUCCAAAGAAUUAUAGCGAGAGAUAUCCGAUUUCCAAAUUACUUUUCCGAUGAAGCUCGAGAUCUCAUUGACCGGCUAUUGGAUACAGAACCCAGCAGAAGACCAGGUGCUGGACGUGAUGGUUAUGCUUCACUCAAGAUGCAUCCUUUCUUCAAUGGAGUUGACUGGAAGAAUUUACGCUCACAAACCCCUCCUAAACUUGCAAUGGAAGCGAUGGCUCAUUCAAGUGAAGGAGAUGAUGGUCAGGAUUCAUGGAACCCUGCACACAUUGGGGAUGGCUCGGCAAGACAAAAUGAUGGGAAUAGUGGUGCCACAUCAUCUUCUGAAGCACCUGGUUCUGUAACUAGGCUUGCUUCAAUAGAUUCCUUUGAUUCAAAAUGGCAACAAUUUUUAGAGCAGGGGGAAUCAGUUCUUAUGAUUUCCAUGGUGAAGAAAAUACAAAAACUAACAAACAAGAAGGUGCAGCUUAUACUCACCAACAAGCCAAAACUGAUCUAUGUUGACCCUGCGAAGCUGAUGGUAAAGGGAAAUAUAAUCUGGUCUGACAACCCUAAUGACCUCAGCAUCCAAGUCACAAGUCCUUCACAUUUCAAGAUUUGCACGCCAAAGAAGGUUAUGUCAUUUGAGGAUUCAAAACAAAGAGCAUGGCAGUGGAAAAAGGCAAUAGAGGGGCUUCAAAAUCGAUGAAAUCUGUUUCUGGUUUCAACAACAAAUUCUUUGGAUAUUUGACAUUCUAGAGGAACAAGGGGAUCCUUAACAGUCGGAUGCUCCUGAGAAAUAUUUAUUUACUGAAAAAGAGAGAUUCAAGUUGCAGAACCGGCUUUUCAAAGGUGCAAACCAUACCCCCUCCAAUCCCCCCUUCCCUUGUGGCUUUGGAACUCAGUUUGUUACAAGGGGAUAUUCUGCCCAUUCUGCAUUUGUAUGGUAUGACAUGCACACAACGGCAAAUGCAAAAUGCAGGGUUUGUUGGGGAUGUGUUCAUUACUUGUUUAUUGUAGAAAAGGUACAAGCCAUUAAUGAAAAUUUAUUAUGUGAAAUCAGUACUGUGGCAAUAGAGAUUCCAACCACUUAGGGUUUGUUUUAAAACAACCUGAUACUUUUCAAGUAUUCCAUUUUGUUCUUGUAGAGAUGGAUGAAUUUUGCUCUGAAUGGUAUCAGAAUAGCUGAAGCUUUCCACACUGUUCAAUUGUAGCAUACAGUGCUUGUUUUGCAAUUUGAUGAACUUUCCCUUUUGGUUA